GGAGCCGCCUGUCACACCGCAGCGGGGAGUGGAUACGCGCUAGAGGCUCAGCUCCCCUCAUCCCAACCAUCGCCCGGGUCUGCAGAGACCAAGAUGAAUAAUCUCUCGUUCAGUGAGUUGUGCUGCCUCUUCUGCUGCCCGCCAUGUCCAGGGAAAAUUGCCUCAAAGCUUGCAUUUUUACCUCCUGAUCCAACAUACACUCUUAUAUGUGAUGAAAGCGGGAGCCGCUGGACUCUUCAUCUUUCGGAACGAGCGGACUGGCAGUAUUCCUCCAGAGAAAAAGAUGCAAUAGAGUGCUUCAUGACUAGAACAAGUCGGGGAAACCGCAUUGCCUGCAUGUUUGUGCGCUGCUCUCCCAAUGCCAAGUACACACUGCUGUUUUCUCAUGGGAAUGCCGUAGAUCUCGGUCAGAUGAGCAGCUUUUACAUAGGACUGGGCUCUCGGAUUAAUUGUAACAUAUUUUCUUAUGAUUAUUCUGGAUAUGGGUCAAGCUCUGGGAAGCCAACGGAGAAGAAUUUAUAUGCCGACAUAGAUGCUGCUUGGAUUGCUCUUAGAACGAGGUAUGGUAUACGUCCGGAGCAUGUCAUCAUAUAUGGCCAGAGCAUAGGAACUGUCCCAUCUGUGGAUCUUGCUGCUCGAUAUGAAAGUGCUGCUGUGAUUCUUCAUUCUCCCCUUACAUCUGGCAUGAGGGUAGCCUUUCCAGACACAAAGAAAACCUAUUGUUUUGAUGCAUUCCCUAAUAUUGACAAAAUUUCCAAAAUAACUUCCCCGGUCCUGAUAAUCCAUGGCACAGAAGACGAAGUCAUUGACUUUUCACACGGCCUGGCACUGUUUGAGCGUUGCCAGAGGCCGGUGGAACCACUGUGGGUAGAAGGAGCAGGACACAAUGAUGUGGAACUUUACGGACAAUAUCUUGAGAGAUUGAAACAGUUUGUCACACAAGAGCUUGUAAAUUUGUAAACUGCAACUUUGUAAAAACACAAUACUAAAGGUCUGUAACAAGUUUCACAGCAGUGCUUUGCAGUUCUCCCUGGCCACCAAAUGGCUUAAACGACCAUGUUUCCUCAAACCGCCCCCCUCCCCCAACCCUCCCACUCUCUCUCCUGGACUGUGAGCCAUAGAAGAGUAUUCUGUUAUAAACCUGGUCUUUUUUUGUAAAUCAAGUUGGGUGCUUAACAGAUUGCAGGUAAUAAUUUCUUGUGGGAGCUGUUAUUUUGGCAGUAUAAAUGAGGAUAUUUUUCACAAUUUGUCCUGGCCCUGAUUUGUAUUAUAGUAAAAGUUACUUCCUUUGUACCCCUGCAUCACCAUUGUACAGGCCAGCGAGACCACCGUCAGCAAGUCUACCAAUGAAGACCAUCCUAAAGGCUAUUUUGCUGUGGCUUCAACACCAGUCUCAACACUAUUGCAUGUUGUCCAGACCAUUUCAGAUUUGCCAAUAGUCAUAGUGGUCGCGCUGGCAAUAGCGGAUAUUGCUAACCAGGAGAGACCACCCCAGGAAAACCAAGCAGAGGUGUGCCUUAGCAAUGAGGAAAAUUAUCCUGAGUAGAAAUCCCCUUUUAACACAGGCAAUGAAGGUUUUUUUGUAUACCAGUAUUAGAAUGUGGAAUUACAUGUAAUGUACAGUCAGGCCUCUGUACAUUUUGUGUAUAUAAUCUCAUUUUUUUUUUCUAUGUCUACUGUUUUACUAUGAGGUCUGCGAAGUAGCUCUUUGUAUCAACAGGAUACAUCCAUACCUACUGGUACUAGAUUUAGUAUUGCUUUUUUGAUGGCAUACUGAUUCUUGGAAUCACUUCUAUCAUGUUCAGAAGGACAGCCCAUCUCAAAUGUGUGCAGGCUUUAAUGUCCAUUUAAAAAACACUUUGAUCAAUGUACUUGCGUAAAAUGCCUGUUACAGCAGCUUAAUGGGUUUUUUUUAAGUUUUUUUUUAUCUUGUAAAACAUAUCAAGUGAGCAGAAUAUUGUUGCCAAAUUCUUCCAGGUAUUUCCUACUGGCCAUUCCAAGAUUUUAUGGUCUAGGAAGCACUGCAAGAUCUACUUGGCACUUCUACACUAGAUGCUGUGAUGUUAUAUACUGAACUGUGAGCAACUGUCUUAUGGGACGACGCAGCCCACAUGCCAGUGCUUUCCAACAUAGAGUUCAUUACCACUACUACAAUACUGAAAUUACUUGAGUGGAGUUUUUUUUUUUUUCUGUGGUAAGCAUCCAGAUGCAUUGUCCUGACUGCACUUUUUUACUAUUGUAUACAAAUAACAGUGUCAUCCUGGCAAUGUUAUUUUUAUUAACAAUUCUGCUGGUUAAGUGUUUGGGGUUUUUGAUUUGUUUUUGUAAUACUUUUUUCCUUUUAUAUAAAUGUUACACCACUGACCUGGAUAUCUUGUCUCCUCGCUAGGAUUGCUCUGCGGACACUAUGCUAGAGUAAUCGUAGAGGGAAUAAAUAAAUCUUUGUCACUUUUGUUGCUGAGCGACAAGGUGCUGGAUUCCUACACUGGCAGACAAAACUCAAUUUGGCCGAAAUCUCUCAUUAAAGUUGGUAGCGGUUUUCAUGCAGCCUUUGAAGUUUCUGGACUACAACCCAGUGUGCUUGCACUGAAACCAAACAUGACAAAAAGCUGCUGUUGUAAUAGCAAAUGUUGGGAUGGCGGGAGGGAAUGAACAUAUUGAUCUGUUCAGAUACCUCCAACCACUGGCCAGUCGAAGUCGUUGCUGCCACAGCCCUUCAUGAUCACUUUGUGUAGGGUACAGAACAAGGCAGCCAUUUGUUUACCUCACUGGCUUUUUAAAAAAAAUGUAUUGAUGCUAGCAUAACUUAGUAGUAGUUUUGUUUUCUCUUCUUUCUGGAAAGUUGUAUACUAUAUAAAUUAUAGGAGGUGUGUUUUAUAAUUCUAGUUUUUCUUAUAUCAAUUUACAGAUGAAGGUUUUUUUUAUUUAUCAACACAGUACUGUGGGGGUUUUUGUCUUGUUUUUCAUUAAAGUUGCCUGUCCUUCAACUAAAAUUUACUUAAAGUGUCAAUGAUGAAUGCAACUACAAUUUAAUGGUAUGUAGUACAGUUGUGAAUGGAUAAUACACUGUGGAUACAUAUAAAGGCCUUAUUUCGUGUAAUAACUGUUGUGGCUGUCUGGGAUUGUAUACAGUUUAAUAUGUAUUAUAAAGCCUUGCAUUGGUUUAGAUGUUGCCAGUAAAAUCUAUAACUACUA